AUGUACCGGGGUAGGGGCGGGACAGAUAUAUACCUCCCACAGUCAGAUAUAUGUUACACUAAACCAUUAGUCUUCCAUACUCGAAAGGAUACAAAUCAAAAAUGCAUCUUUCAGUGGUCGUUGUUAUGCUUGUGGUUGCAGGCACGGUUUACUCUGAAUCAUGUAAUUCGAGAGACGACUGCAGAAAUCACGACACGACCAAAUGUGAACACCACACCCACGUGUUUUGCAACACCCAAAUUAACCAGUGUAUAUGUACAACUGAUUCAAUCCAAUCCGGACAAACAUGCACGAUGGUGGAUUCAUGUCCAAACUGCGAUAACGGUAGACACAGACAUUGUGUUGACGGCCAUUGCGUUUGCACCAGGUUUUAAUAUGCCAAUCAAUAUUUCAGUACAAGAAGCGAAAAUAAUCAUGCUUGUAUUAUUGAAUUGUUAAAAUAUUAAUAAAGUUAAUAAAAUUAA